AAAUAAUAUUAAUAAAGAAGGAAAGUUUAGCCUAGAAAUUUAAAGCCCAAAAAACUAGCAAAUCAGAGCCGUUGAUUUGAAUUGAUGAACAUGAAGAUUGGAGUUUGAGAAUAAACCCCAAAACGAUCCCCACAGAAAAGAAUAUUCCAACCAACGAUUCCAUUCCCCACAGACUCCACUCCCUGCUCUAUAAAAAUCCCCCAAACACUGCGAGAGAGAGAGAAAAUCAAGAACUUGUAGAGAGAGAAAAUCCGAAUCCCAAAUUCCCCACUACACCCACAUAAGGAAAGCAGGAGUAAGAUCGAAGAAUGGGAGAGAUGAUUGUGAACAGCCAGUACCAGAUCCUCCAGGAGAUCGGCAGAGGACGAUUCGGAAUCAUCACUCGCUGUUUUUGCCCCGUUUCCAACAACUUCUACGCCUGCAAGACCAUCAACAAGAACGAUUUGAUCGACGAAACCGAUCGAGAAUGUCUCCAGAACGAGCCCAAAAUCAUGGCGCUUCUCCCUCCCCACCCCAAUAUUCUGCAAUUGGUUGAUGUUCUUGAGAGUGACGAUUUCCUCUGCCUCAUUUCCGAGCUCUGCGACUCCGUCUCGCUCUACGAUCGGAUCCUCAGCCGGCCGUUCCCACCUUGUGAAUAAGAGACCUCAACCUUCAGCUUCGGACUCCAUUAAUGGCUGCUCCACAGCUCAGUUUUCUAAUUCCACCCAAGUUCUAGAGAGAGAUAACAGUUGAGAACUGUGCUGUCGAUAUCUUCUUUCUUUUUUUGGUUUCUUAAAUGCUUUGGAAGAAUUUGAGGCUUUUUUUUCCUUUGUUAGGUUGAAGUGGAAUCAGGGAAUCCUUUUUUUUCCCUCCCAAAAAUUUUCUUUUUGUUGUAUAAAGUGUUUGGGAAGUGAGAAAAUCCCAGAAAAAAGAAAAAGAAAAUAGAAAAAGGAGAGAGAAGAAAGAGAGAGAGGAAGAAGAGAAAUGGUAUUCUAAUUACUAGUUUUUUUUUUCUUUUUUUCAAUUUCAAGUUUGUAAUGUGAUGUGACGUGAAUGCAAAAUGCUGGCAAUAUAAAGUGAAUGUUUGUGUAAAAUUUGCUUCUGGAAUC